GUAUGCUGUUUGAAAUACCAUCACUGUUGGUGAAAUUACUGAUGUGGCGUGGGGAAUAGGAAAAGAAAACAUUGUCAAAGGAAAUUGUUGCCAUGUCAACUACAACUACACCUUUUAGCAAUCCAACAAUUAUUGUAUAUUAUGAGGAUUCCGAUGUAGAGGGUGAUUUGUCUAUUGUCCACCAGGCUGCAACAAUUGGUGAUACAGAGACGCUAAAACAAGUUAUACAGCAGGACCCAAGUGUUCUAGAGCAGACAAAUGCUGAUGGUAUGACUCCUCUAGCCCAAGCGGUGAUGUCACGGCAAAUGGAGGCUAUGAAGAUGCUUGUCAUAAUGGGGGCCAACCUGAAUGCCCAAGACAACUUAGGACGCUCCUGUCUCAGUAUCGCUGCAUAUCAGGGCUGGCAUAGUGGCGUAGUGUCCUUGCUAAGGAAUGGUGCCAAACAGUUCACACCUGACAAAGCAGGGCGGACUCCACUUCACGCAUCAACUUAUGACCCAGAUACUAAAACACUUGGUGCUCUUCUACAGAUUAUGUCCAUAGAUGACAUCAAUCAGAAAGACAAUGAGGGCAUGACAGGUCUUCAUUGGGCUGCAUUCCAUAACAGACCAGAGCAUCUGCAACUGCUUCUUCAGCGGGGUGCUGACAUUACAUCAGUAGACAUAGAUGGCAAGAAUGCUUUGCAUUGGGCAGCCCAGAAUGGAAGCAUUGCAUGUUGUAGCUACAUAGCAAAGUUGCCUUCAGCCUCAGAACAAGUGAACCACCAAGAUCACUCAGGGAAGACCCCUGUACACUUCGCUGCUGCUGCUGGGCACAGUCAGAUCAUAGCAGAGCUAGCCAAGAUUCCUGAAUGUGACUUGGAAUGUGAAGAUCCCGAUGAGAGGACGGCAUUACACUGGGCAGCUGCCACGGGGCAAGCUGAUUCCAUAGCCAUGUUGCUUAAACUAGGCAUCAAUCCUAGUCCCUUUGAUGCUGAAGAUGGAACUCCGCUAGAUUACGCUAGACAAUCGGGACAUGCUGUGUGUGAUGCAGAUCAACAAAAAUGUAUACAACUCUUAGAGGAUCGUUUAGACCAGCUAAUGGAACGAACCACUGUGGACAAGUCAACCAAUCAAAAUGACAGUAGCAGUAAGACUCGUAAAAAUCCACUUGGUUUCAUAGUAGAAUUCUUCAAGGGCAAAAAAACAUCAAAAGAAUGUAAUAACAUCCACGAACUAUCUGAUGCUAGUCAAGAGACUUAUAAUGAGAGUUCAAUUAGCGAUCAUUCGCCCGAGGUUCAUGAGAGAAUCAAACAUGAUUACAGCAAUAGACGCAAUAGUAAAGUUUUAACAGUUAACACUGCAGAAGGAUCAAGUGGCGUAAAUAUGAAUCAAAAUGGUAACCAUAGUAACUCAUCUAGUCAAAACAAACAUAGACUGUCUCCACUCCCCAGGGUGAGAACCCCCCGGGAGAAGACAAAAACACUUCCUGUUCAGGCGGAGGAAAUAAUUGCACUUCAGACUGGAAAUGACUUUCGAAGGACCCCACCUGGCACUGCAAGGUCUCUGAGCCCCAUACAGUCAUCUCAUACUUUGUCUAGUAGUGACCCUGCAGGAGCAGGUAGAGGACUCAAGUCUCACACUUCAUCAUUGAGUGAAGAUGGGGGGACUUUAUUUCCUAGGACAAAUCUCACCUGUAGUGGAUUGGAUGUAAAACCCAGUACCCCUCCUCAAUUGGCUCCCUUGAAAGGACCAAAACCCAGAAUAAGUGGAGGCCCCCCACAAUCUGUGACCAGGCUACGCAAUGAGAAAGUCGGUAUCAACCGCACUCCUACCCCACCAUCUUGGGACCAUUUCCUAGGCGAUUUGCCAACUGAUAGCAGAUUGGAGCCAAGCUCAAAUGACGGCACAAACAUAAAGAAAAAGAAAAAAAAGAAGAAAAGUAAAUCACCAUUAGAGCCGGCGAACAUUGAGUUUGAAGAUACAACUAAGCAAAACUCUAGGACACAAUCAACAACAACUCCUAAGGCACUUUCACCAGGCCCUAAUAUGACACAUUCUCCAAGUCCCAUGACACUUUCAACAGGCAGUAAUAAGACACAUUCAGCAAGUCCUAGAGCACAUUCACCGAACCUUAGAAGACAUUCAAACACCAGUCCUAUAAGUCUACAUAGUCCCGAAAGGCUUAAGGGAUCCUCCGACACAUUCCGGCCUCAAACUGAAGGAAACAUGUUGCGGAGAGAUAUAGAUGAUCUCCCUCCACGUCCAACUAGCACAUUACAUAAUACAACAAAGAGUGCAAUAUCAUUACCAGUACAUAGCCUAGAAGCUAAGAAACUGCCUGAAAAGUACAAAGAUUUGGAUCGUAGUAUCAAUAACCUGUUACAUUGAUAGAUGUCAAUUUUACAUCAUUCAGUGCCUUUGUUUUAUGCCUCAUCACAUUUGAAGUUGCAUUAAUAUUACAUGCAAGUCCUGAAUAAAUGUUUCAUGUACUUGGCCUAUAGGUGGUGCAGUAAUCUGCCUUGCUCCAUGUAUUGUCAUAAAGAGCAAACUAGUUUUAUUCUAUUAUAAAUAUUUCUGUACUUUCUGUUUUUGGUGAAACUGAAACGAUGAUCAGGUCACACGCGCUACACACACUAAUUCUUUUCAAACUGUUACUAUACUAGUAUAUUGUACGAAACGUAUGCUUGUAUUAAUGUUUACUAAGCAUACAGUGUAUGCUAUGGGUACUUCUUUUUAAUUUUGUGUAUUUAAGAAUGCGAGUCGGGCAUUGAGUCCUUUUAAGGAAAAACAUUAUCAGUUUAUCAGAAGAAUUCAGAUCCUAUGUUUUAAUUUGUUUUAUGAGUGGUAGCAACAAGCUGCAACAUUCCAUGUUAUGUACAAUAUUGCACAAGUCCACAAGUUGAUUUUAUUGAUAGAUUUAAAUUGUUUUCAUGUGGUCUGUAGAACGAUCAGUAAAUUACAAAUAUACAUGUGUUUUGUAGAUUACACAACUACAUGUGUUCUGUAAUUUACGCAGGUACAUGUGUUCUGUAAAUUAUGUAGGUACAUGUGUUCUGUAAAUUAUGCAAGUCCAUGUGAUCUGACUGUAAAUUACAUAUAAAGUACAUGUAAUCUAUAGAUUACAUAAGUACAUGAGAUUUGCAGAUUGUAUUACUAUUUGUGAUCUGUACAUUACACACAUACAUACUCAGCCAAUCUGCAACAGUA